AUGGCGCUCCCUCCAAACCCCGCCGCCCCCGCCCUGGGCGCCGCCGCACCCCCCGCGGCUCCGGGUGCGCGCCCUAACGAUCGCGCGGACGUGCGUGCAAACGACGAGCCGCGUGUGCCGACGGGAAAGACGCCCGGCCGCGCGCCGCGCCCGACGGCGCCGGUCGCGGCCCCCGGCGCUCCGAUCGGCUCCAUGUUCAACGAGCGUUUCCUUUUUGACGAUGAGAUGGAAGCCGCGGACGACUCGACGUUUAUGCGCAGGUACAACCUGUCGGGUGACGAUGACGAAUUCCCUGUGCUUCUCCGCCAUGACGAGUUUCCGAGCUCGCUUUCGACCUUUUCCUCCGCGCUGGAUCUCGCUCCUUUGUCGCACAUGUCCCCUCGGCAGCACCGCGUGCAGCCUGUGUCUGGCAGGAGUGCGGCGCUGUCGCCUUGGCUGCACGCCACCCCGACGGAUUUCGCCCGCAGCAUCGACGAGUCGGUGAACGAGCUUGCGGCGUCGACCGGAUCGCUGUCGGUGCACGAUCCCCCUGCGCCGUUCUCGGGCAGUAUGCACCCAAUGGCCCCAGGCAGUGCUGCAUUCCCUGCCCCGGGCGCGGAGCUCUUUGAAAAAGAGUCGCGCGGCAAUUUGCCACUGAGCAACGCCUACCCCGGACUCGGUGUGCACCCCACGUCCGGCGCGCCGCUGCCGUUCAACUCGCGCCCUACCUCGCUGCAGGACGCAUCGGCGCUCGGUAUCCCUCCGAUCCUCGGCCAGACGCCGAGCGCCCCGCUGCCGCUCGACACGUCGCCCGGCCGCAGCCCGUUGACGGAUGCCGGCGUGGCGCCCGAGACGCAGCGUAACUUCUCUCGCUACCGCAAGGACGAGCGCCGUGGCACCAAGGCCGCCCGUGCCCCCCUCACGCCCGAGACGCCGAGCGAGGAGCAGGGCUUCAAAGGCGUGCGCCGCACCGACCUCGACCUCUCGACGAUGCGUCUGGAGGACCUGCGUGGCGAGCUGUCGCAGCUGUGCAAGGACCAGUACGGCUGCCGCUUCCUGCAGAAGAAGCUCGAGGAAGACGUGCCUGCGCAGUGCGACCUGAUCUUCUCCGAGACGUUUCCCUACUUUGCGGAGCUGAUGACGGAUCCUUUUGGUAACUACUUGUGCCAGAAGUUGCUCGAGUACUGCACCGAUGCGCAGCGCGACCAGAUUGUCGAGGCGAUUGCCGCGGACCUCGUCACGAUCUCGCUCAAUAUGCACGGCACGCGCGCGGUGCAAAAGACGAUCGACUUCAUCUCGACGCCCGCGCAGACGCAGGCGAUCAUCGCCGCGCUCAGCCGCAACGUCGUGACGCUGAUCAAGGACCUCAACGGCAACCAUGUGAUCCAAAAAUGCCUGAACCGUCUCUCUGCCGAGGAGAGCCAGUUUAUCUAUGACGCUGUCGCGCAGAAGUGCAUGGACGUUGCGACGCACCGUCACGGCUGCUGCGUCCUGCAGCGCUGCAUCGACCACGCGACCGAGGCGCAGCGCUUCCAGCUCGUCAAGGAAAUUACGCGCCACGCCCUGCCGCUCGUCCAGGAUCCGUUUGGCAACUACGUGGUGCAGUACGUGCUGGACCUGAACGACCCCCACUUCAGCGAGGCGGUCACCCACCAGUUCCUCGGCAACGUCUGCCUGCUCUCUGCGCAAAAGUUCUCCUCGAACGUCAUCGAAAAGUGCAUUCGCGUGGCCCAGCCCGGCUCGCGCAAGCUGCUGGUCGAGGAGCUGAUCGACGAGACGCGUCUCGAGUCGCUCCUCCGCGACUCGUUUGCGAACUAUGUCGUGCAGACCGCGCUGGACUAUGCCGAGCCCGUGCAGCGCAUGCACCUCGUGAACUGCAUCCGCCCGAUCUUGCCCGCGAUCCGCAACACGCCGUACGGCAAGCGGAUCCAGAGCAAGCUGCAGCGCGAUGGCCCCGACGCCCAGGCGCCGUACGCGCCGCGUGGUGGCCGUGGCGGCUUCUCUCGCGGCGGCGGCGCGGCGCGCAACUUUCCCGGCGCGGUCGGCGCCGGGCGUGGUGGCCGCGGCGGACGCCGCAAGCAGGAGCCGGUGUAUGCAGGCGGGGCUUAUGCCGAGGCUGCCCCCCUGUACGCACCCAACGUGCCGCUCUAUGCACCGCUGCGCAGUAUGAACCUCUCCGAGGCGCCUGCGGAGUAUGCGUCGCCUGAAGGCUUUGCGCGCAUCGCGCCGCAUGGCAAGACGCAAUGGUGA